UUACACACAAUUAAACCAAGUACAUAAUUAUUUAAACUAUUUUAUUAACUUGGCUUGCAAGGUGAUUUUAAGAGAAUUUAAGUGGGUUAAAGAGUGAGAAAAGCUUAACCGAACAUUGAGUCGAGUUUCACUUUUCAAAGUGUUAGCAACGAACAUCAUAACUUACGGCGGCAUAAAAAAAUUACUUAGUUGAAUAGAGGAGUUUUUUGUGAAUUCAUACAAAUAAUUCAAAGGUUAAUCUUUCUUCAAAAUUAUUGUGGUUACAAGUAAACAAAAUGAACAGAAUACAUUUCCUGACAAAAUUAUCAAAUACGCAGUGUCGGCGAAUUGUUUAUCCUGCAUCAAUUUCGAGCAAUGCAAGCGCAACUUUCACUUUACAACAAACACAUAAAAAACUACAACAACAGGUAUUGAGAAGUGUUACAACAGUACCAUCCCAUACAGUGGGAAACGAAAAAAUAGCCACAAAGCCAACACCACCCAAGCACGACUGGAACCGUGCCGUUAGCGAGGCUGAACGUAUAGUUGGAUAUCCCACAUCUUUCCUUAGUUUACGCUGGCUAUUGAGCGAUGAAAUAGCUAAUGUUGCAUUACAUUUACGCAAACUAGUUGGUAGUAGUCAUCCACUAUUAAAAACAGCCAAACAUUUGCUGUACAACGGCAAAAACACUACACAAGCAUGGGGACUGAUAGUUUUAUUGAUUUCCAAAGCUGCCGGACAUGCUGCAACAGUACCAGAUAUGGAACAAGACAAAAGUGCUGGAGUAUUACACUCCCAGCGUGGCUUAGUUGAAGUCACAGAAAUGAUACGAAUUUCACAUUUAGUGCAUAAUAGUUUGGUUAAUUUGCAACGAUCCUCACAAGCUGGCCAAGAUGUUAACACAUAUGAAGAUAUGACAUUUGGCAAUAAAAUUGGUUUAUUAAUUGGCGACUACCUUUUGGGUCAUUCCAGUGCAGAAUUGGCUGGUUUGCGUAAUCAGGAAGUGGUAGAGCUUAUCUCCUCAGCUGUUAGAGAUUUUUCUGAAUCCGAAUUUAUUGGCGACCGAGAUGAACAAAAUAACCCAUUGCCCUCGAAACCAGGCUCAAACCCAGUGCAAAGCAAUGGCACUGCCACAACACCAGAUAUAGAUUUCAAUGAGAACGACGUUCUCAUACCCAUGAGCAUAUCAAAAGUUAUGGGUAAUCCUGAAAAAGAGUGGGAGUGCCGUAAUAUUUUAAAUGCUGGCAGUCUUUUGGGAAAAUCUUGUCAGGCAUCGCUAAAGUUGGCGGGUCAAAGUGAGGAGAUGCAAAAACAGGCUUAUCUCUUUGGUAAACAUUUGUCGUUGGCGUGGCAGGCCUGUUUAGACGUUGAACCAUUUCAAAGUCCCACAUUACCUUAUGAUACCACUUUCAGUUUAGUAAGUGCUCCCGUGCUCUUUCAUCUAGAAUACGAUUCUAAAUUGUAUGACGAAAUUGAAAAGGGAAAAGUAUCUAUAGAAAAUGUCGAUUUUGUUAAAAUACACCAAGCUAUUCUACAGGGCCCCGGUUUAGAAAUGACCAAAGAAUUGCAGCGUAAGCAUACCACAGCAGCAUUACGUGUGUUGGAAAGUUUUCCAGCCAAUGAUGCUAGAACUGCUUUGGAGAACAUCAUAUUUGCCAUGCAAGACUUGUAACAACUCUUGUUGUAAAUUCGACUAUAAUCAUAGGGUGAUGGCAAUAACUUUACAAAAAUCAAGUAGUGUUUAAUUUAGCGACAUAAUAUUUAUAAUUUAUAUACAAAAGUAUGUUUUAAAUUUUUUUUAUAUAGAAAUAAAUAACAAUUUAUUUUUCUAAUUAAA